AUGUCAGAAGAUAUCCUUGAAGCCGCUUAUGCAGUUGACUCCGUGCAAGACAUUACAACUUUGAAAUUUAGUGAGAAUAUUACGGAGGAAAUUGCACGAGUGUUGAAGAAGUUGGAGGAUAUGCGGUUGAAGGAUCCACAAUUAUAUUUCAAGGCAUGUCACGAUUCAAGAGGUUUGUUACGUAAUUUGUUCUGGUCUGAUGGGAUUAGCCAACUAGACUACCGACUCUUCGGGAAUGUUAUUGCUUUUGAUGCUACGUACAAGAAGAAAAAGUAUAGUUGUCCAUUAGUCAUAUUCAGCGGGGUUAACCACCAUAACCAAACAAUUAUUUUUGCUGCUGCGUUAAUUGCGGACGAAACUACUGAUACAUAUAUUUGGCUCCUGCGUCAGCUUAUGUUUGUAAUGAGGGGCAAGACCCCGACCUCAAUCAUAACUGAUGGGGCCAUGGCGAUUAGGAAUGCAGUGAGAGAUGUAUUUCCCGAAGUCAGACAUAGAUUAUGCGCUUGGCACCUCAUUCGAAAUGCAACUAGCAAUGUUGGAAAUCCAUCGUUUACAUCUAACUUCAGAAAAAUCAUGUUGGGAGACUACGAAAUUCCCGUGUUUAAGCGUAAGUGGGUUUCAGCUUAUUGA